AUGAGGAAUCUGACGCCGAGUCUGAUUCUGCGACUCGCAUUUCUGUGCUUUUUCGUUCAAUCUUGCCAGGCCAAAACCGUCACCCUUGAUUUCAAUGUCACAUGGGUAAAUGCAAACCCCGAUGGCCUGGCGGAAAGAAAGGUGGUCGGCAUCAAUGGGCAAUGGCCAUUGCCUGUGAUUGAGGUUGACAAGGGUGAUCAGCUCAUUGUCAACACCUACAAUGCUCUGGGUGACAAGUCCACCUCAAUUCACUGGCAUGGUAUGUACCAAAAUGGAACGAACGAUAUGGACGGACCGUCAAUGGUGACCCAAUGCCCAAUUCCACCGGGUGCUUCAUUCACGUACAAUUUUACCGUGAACCAAAAUGGAACCUACUGGUACCACUGUCAUACCGAUUAUUGCUACCCGGAUGGAUACCGCCAGGCCUUGAUUGUGCAUGAUAGCAACUCAUACUUUAACGACAUGUACGAUGACGAGUACACGUUAACUAUGAGUGAUUGGUACCAUGAACUUAUGGAGGACAUUGCGCCGUCAUUCAUCAACCUCGCCAAUCCAACUGGUGCGGAACCUAUUCCCCAGUCUUUCCUCUUCAACGAUACCAUGAACAGUAGUAUCCCCGUGGAAGCAGGCAAAACUUAUCUAUUCCGGUUGAUUAAUAUUGGAGCCUUCGUCGCACAAUAUUUCUAUAUUGAAGAUCAUACAUUCCGCAUCGUUGAGAUUGACGGGGUGUAUACGGAGCCUACUGAGGCCGACAUCCUCUAUAUUGCCGUUGCGCAGCGCUAUUCAAUUCUCGUGACGAUGAAAAACUCGACAGAGAAGAACUAUCCUAUCGUGACGGUCGCCGAUUCCGUUCUUCUCGAUACAAUUCCAGCAAACCUUCAGCUUAACAACACCAACUGGCUAGAAUACAAUGCCGCUGCAUCCCAUCCCCAAGCCAUCAUGACAGUGGAUGUCGCUUCAGACCUCACUCCAUAUGACGAUUUCACUCUCGUACCAUACGACAAGAAACCCCUUCUACCAGAUGCCGAUAUGACAAUUGAUCUCACAGUCAUCAUGGACAACCUUGGCAACGGCGCCAGUUACGCUUUCUUUAACAACAUCUCUUACACAAAGCCCAAGGUCCCCACUCUCUAUUCUGUACUCUCGUCCGGCAAUCUCUCCACAAACGCCGAAGUCUACGGAGAAUAUACACACCCCUUCGUUCUCGGUCACAAUCAGGUUGUAGACAUUGUCCUCAACAACGGAGAUACAGGAUCCCACCCAUUCCAUCUCCAUGGUCACCAGUUCCAGGUCAUUGAACGAUUCCCCUCAUACGGAGAGCACUUUUAUGACUACGCCGACGGUGACCCUGUCACAUAUGACCCAUCGAACCAUUCCAGUUUCCCCGAGUACCCAGCCAGACGAGAUACCCUGGUCCUCCCGCCGCAGGGCUACUUUGUUGUCCGCUUUGUUGCCGACACCCCAGGUGUUUGGCUCUUCCAUUGUCAUAUUGACUGGCAUUUGUCGCAAGGUCUGGCCUUGACCUUGAUCGAAGCCCCUGAGCAAAUCCAGGAGCGAUUGUCGAUUCCAGAGAGUCAUUAUGAUGUUUGUGAUGCUGCGGGUGUGAAAUAUGAGGGUAAUGCUGCGGGAAAUACUGAUUAUCUUGAUCUCACCGGUCAAAACAAGCAGGUGAAUUGGUUGCCUGCUGGUUUCACUGCCAAGGGUAUUGUUGCCAUGGUGUUCUCUUGUGUUUCUGCUUUCUUGGGUAUGGCUUUCAUUACUGUCUAUGGAAUGUCUGGCAUCAAGCAGACCAGGAAGCAAAAUGAGGUUCAGGCUGCUGCUGCAUCCAGCUCUGAUGAAACUUCUUGA